UAUAUUGAUUUCCUUCUCCAGCCAUUCCCUUUUACCUCUCCGCACGCAGAACUCGGCCGCCCUUUCUUUCUUUUUCCUUUUUUUUCCAACCAUCCCCUUUUAAUUUCUCUGAACCCUAUUUCAAGGUCAGCCACCCCGUCUUUCCCUUUACAAGCCACAACACCCCCGCUCGCCGGACGCCGCUGCUACCCGACACAUUCUCAGCGGCUGCCGCCGCACGCUGUACUUUCAGCUGCCCAAGUCUCAGCUUUCCGACGAACUCGCUGCCGCUCCCUGCCUUUCACACGCUCUCGCCUCUCCGAGCAACCAGAGUUGCUUAUCUCUGUUUUUUUUCCUCCUCAGUGGUUCAGCCCCUAACCCGUGCCGUUGGCGAGGUCGCACCGCCGCUCACUUUUAAUAUACACAAGAGUUGCACUGGCUGUAUCUUAAUGGCUGGCAGAAAAUUGGUUCGGGAUAUAUUACUCUCAAGGCAAAGCAUUUUUUAUCAGCUUACUUCCCAUCAAAGCUCCUGCACGAGAUCACAAUUGCUAUUACAAAAUGGUUAUUCCAUCAAUCGUAGAUUCAGUGUAUUCAAUGAGUUCUCAAAGAAAGUGAAAGGAGAAGCUGACAAGAACCCACAAUUUCAACAAUCUGUCAAAGAGUGGAAGGAGAAGGCAGAAGAAUUUAAAGGUGUGAAGGAAGACCUAAAAGUUAGAACAAAGCAGACAACUGAGCAGCUUUACAAGCAGGUGGAUGGCGUUUGGUCUGAGGCCGAGGCUACAGCUAGAAAGGUUUCCGCAGAUGUCAAAGAGAAAAUAUCUGCUGCUACAGAGGAGGUAAAAGGAGCUUUUGGAUUCAGUCAUAAAAAUUCUUCUGGAUCUACUUCCGCAACUGAUCAUGGUGCUGAUGCAAAAAAACCUGGAACGGAAGCCAGUUCCGAUGAAGCCAAAGACCAACAUCCUGGGUCUAAUGGCUCAUCCGAAACGAUAUUUGGAAAAUUUAAGUCCAGCAUUCCUUCCCCGGGCAUAUCCUCUGCAUUUGAAAGGUUGAAAAGCACAAAGUUAAUUGACUUAACAAAGAGGGGAUAUGAAAUUGUAAAGGAUGAGUUAAGUGGAAAACCACAUAAGAAAAAACAUUUAGAAUAUGAGCCUUCAGCCGCACCAAUAGUUGAAAGAAGUACAAGAACCGAUGUUGUUGUUUUGCCAUCAAAGCAGUCUCGAUGGAGUAAGAAGUGGGAGGCAUUCAGGGAGAAGAUGCAAGGUCAUCCCAUUCUCAAGCGUGUUAUACGCUAUAGUGAACCUGUAAGGUCAAAGACUGAGGAGAUAGCUGAGGACAUUCGUGAAAGGUGGGAGACAAGUGAUAACCCUAUCGUUCAAAAAAUUCAGGACAUAAAUGAAAAUGUGUUUCAAGAAUCAGAUGCUGCUACAUCAUUCAAGGAAAUUCGUCGUAGAGAUCCGUAUUUCUCUUUACCAGAUUUUGUGGCUGAAGUUCAAGAAGCAAUCAAACCAGUGUUAAUUUCUUAUAUAAAGGGAGAUUCUGAAACUUUGAAGAAAUUCUGCAGUUCUGAGGUAAUUGAACGUUGUAAAGCAGAGCAUCGGGCUUACCAGAGCCAAGGUAUCUUCUUCGAUAACAAGAUUCUGCACAUUUCAGAGGUUGAAGUGCGGGAGACGAAGAUGAUGGGAAGCACUCCCAUCAUCAUUGUAGCUUUCCAAACGCAGCAGGUCUACUGCGUACGUGAUGCAAAUGGAUCAAUUAGGGAAGGUGGUAAGGAUACUAUCCACACUGUAUAUUAUGCAUGGGCUAUGCAAAUGUUGGAUCCUGAAGAAGUUGGAGAAGGAGCUUCUCAUGCUAUUUGGAGGGUUAGGGAAAUGCAGCAGUUUGGUGUUCAAGCUCUCAUCUAGUUGCUUGUUUUGAUUUCUUCUCAAACUCUUCUACUUUAUCCAUUCUUAUUUCUUAUUUAUUUUUUCUCUAAACUUCCUCUGGUUUUUGUUGGUUUCCAGAGAUAAACUAUCUUUAACAAUUUUGAUUCAUAAAAUCUGGGGAUUACACAAAUUUUCUAUAGGAAAACGAAGCAAAUCAUUCCCAAUUCUACAGCAAAUCUUCAUUUCCUAAA